GGACAAAGGUCAAAGUUGAGGUUCCUAUAGGGAGGGAAUCUUUGUGCUUAUGGGGUUUCCUUGGUUGGGGACUCUCUUGGGACCUUCCCUCUCAUCCUUCUCUUCCUAUCCCAACCUUUCUCUUGCUCCUUCUAAUUCCUUGUGAGAUUCUUGAACUUUGAUUGAACUCUUGAGAUUGAGUUAAGUUCUCCUCCUACAGCUUACCCCCUAGUGCGUCGAAAGCCAUAGCGUCGCGAAUACUUCAUCAAUCAACGUGAUUCAAAUUGGGAACGGUAGCUGAGAUCAAGAGCUACAACAUAUCCAAGUUUCGCGACAUUCCAACGGCUAGUGUUUUGUCGACGUCGUUUCUUGUGAAGACGACUUUUCUGUCCAGAAUUUCGGAUUUAUAUUUUGAGUAAUUCUAGCUCCUAAGUUCACCUAGACUCUGUCCUUAAUCCUAACAAGUGGUAUCAGAGCCAUAUUAAGGACAUUGAGAGGAGUCUACAGAAGUGUGAAGACCCUUCUAGACCCACCAUGGCCUGUGGGUGUGCCUAAGUGGUGUUCUAAAGGUUGGAUGUGUCUUCCGCUAAGGGGAAACUCUGCCGAAAUUUCGUGGACGCCGAUACUUGUGAAAAUAUCGAGGGAGCUGAGUGUGGACAGCAAAGGGGAGCUGAAAUUCGUCAUUUCUCAAGGAGAAGAUGAAUGAGAGAGGAGGAGAUGCUAAUGGAAGAGGAGC